AUGGAAAAAGACUCUGACGAGGAAGCAAAAGCUUCCACAACACUAACAACAAUAUCAGCGACAAUCCUUUGCACCCGCCUAAUCCACCACUGUCGUCUCCUCCUCGCAGAACUCGACAUCUUCCAAAAAGCGAUUGCCUCGCGCUUCCGGCGCCAUCAACAACAGCAGCAUCUAGUCGAAAUGCGCCUUUUGAGAUCGAAUGUUACUUCUGAGCUCAAGACUCUGGAACGGCUGGCGUCUGAUACGAGGGCUCUUGUUGCGGAGCGCGCUGAGAAGGAAAAGCUUCGUGAUGGACGACAACAGCAGAACGGAUAUGACGACGAUGAUACGGAACUCGAGAUGAGAGAAGGAAGGAUUAUACAUACUCUUCGCUCCUCGAACUUGUCGUUUCUUACGGCUGUAUGGACAAUCGCGAAGGAGCGUUGUCCCGGUGUAAUCUCAUUCUCCAAACGGUUCUAUUGGGAUAAAGAUGCCAACAAGCCCGUCGAAGGGAAAGAGGACAAGCAGGCCAAACCCCCGAACAAGGACAAGAAGAAGAGUGCAUUUGUGGAUAUUGUAUAUGGUAAUGGAGAAGAUUGGAUGAAGGUUUCGAGUGUUAAUGAGAGUCGAUUGUUGUUUGAGAUGGCUGAAAAGGGGUGGGAGUUGGAUAGUGAUGAGGAGGGUGAAAGUUCUUCUUUACAGAACGCACAAUUUGAUCCAGCAGGGCCGAGAAGGGAGAUACCAAUUGACCAUGGUGAAGGGGAGGAGGACGGUGAUCAGCUUGAGCUAAUUACCAUGGCUUUCGAUAUGAUCAAGGCAUCACGAGCGACAAGAGUCAGAUACAAAAAUCCUCGCGUGCACAUAAUAGCGCCCAAACUCGAAGAGGGCAAGGUGCCUGAAAUAGACAAAGUUCUGAAUAUCAUUCGAAGUUACGGGGUGACUAUUGAAUGCGGAAUGCAGAUACGUGACAUCUUUGCUGAUGACGAGGCAUACGAUAAACGUGAUCCGAAUAGUAUUACUGCGGAUGAUCUACCGCUUUCAUUUAUGCUUCCUAAUCCGUUUGAAAAAUUCACCGACGUCAUCAAUGUUGACUGCACGCUGCUGCUGGCAUUGGCAUCAGACCUAUCUCACACUCAGAAUAUCACCCCUUCUCCUAGUUUCCAUCGUGCGAUUAUCAGGCAGAUCGAAGUUGAAGACGAGCUGCCUCUGCUUACCACAGAACUUUGGCCGGCUAUGGUUGGUCGACAGCUGGUAUGCACACAAGAGGCUAUCAAAAGAAUGAAAGAGAUUGUCAGUACAAUUGGUACAGAGACAGAGAGGAAGAGGGCUGCCAUCUUACUAGGUGAAGGUGAGAUGGAAGGACUAGACAAAGACACACUGCUUCGCGAACUCCAAGCCAUUUCGGACCAUUCUAUUCCAGAUCGAUUGAAUCUACCAAUCAGCGUUGUGGAUGCGCAUGCAGAGAUUAAUGCGGCAUUGCAACAAAAGAAAUUUCCUCCAGUCAUUGACAAAAUCACCGAAAUUCUCACGGACAUCAACCACAGCGUCUUUCUCUAUGGCUGGGCCAGGGAUAUUUUCACGGUUUCAAGUAACAAGACCGUUGUGAAGCAGAUCGAAAGCACCAUAGAGGAUAACCGAGGGGAUGAUGAUACACUGGAAGGCCCGAAAAUAUGGAUUUGUGACACGGCUAGAAGUUUGAUUGGAAAGGAAAAGAAUCGAAAACCAUAG